GUAAGGGUUACGCUGAGGCGCGCGCCGGGUUAAGGACACUUCUAAGAUGGCGGCAGCGGCGGGGCCACUCCGGGGCCUGGUGCGGUCCGCGCAGCAGGUGGGAGCGGGACGGUUCCUUGGACUUCCACAGCGGGGAUUCCACCGCUCCGUGCCUGCCGCUGCUCAGGUGACUGUCCGUGAUGCUUUAAACCAGGCCUUGGAUGAGGAAAUAGAGAGGGAUGAGAAAGUUUUCCUGCUCGGGGAAGAAGUUGCUCAAUAUGAUGGAGCAUACAAGAUUAGCAGAGGGCUUUGGAAGAAAUAUGGCGAUAAGAGGAUAAUAGAUACUCCUAUAUCAGAGAUGGGCUUUACUGGAAUUGCUGUGGGUGCCGCCAUGGCUGGUUUAAGACCUGUUUGUGAAUUCAUGACCUUCAACUUCUCCAUGCAAGCUAUUGAUCAGAUAAUAAACUCAGCUGCCAAAACCUACUACAUGUCGUCUGGUUUGGUAUCUGUCCCUAUUGUCUUCAGGGGUCCCAAUGGAGCGUCCGCAGGAGUAGCGGCCCAGCAUUCCCAGUGUUUUGCGGCCUGGUAUGGGCACUGCCCUGGGCUGAAAGUAGUCAGCCCUUGGAAUGCGGAGGAUGCAAAAGGACUCCUUAAAGCAUCGAUCCGGGAUGAUAAUCCAGUUGUAAUGUUGGAAAAUGAGUUGAUGUAUGGUGUGUCCUUUGAAAUGUCUGAGGAUGCCAUGUCGAAGGACUUCAUUGUUCCCAUUGGAAAGGCGAAGAUAGAAAGGCAAGGAACUCACAUUACCUUAGUGUCUCACUCACGACCUGUUGGCCACUGUCUGGAAGCAGCUGCUGUCCUUGCCAAAGACGGGGUGGAGUGUGAGGUGAUAAACCUCCGUUCCAUUAGGCCAAUGGAUAUUGAAACCGUCGAGACUAGUGUUAUGAAGACAAAUAACCUUGUAACAGUGGAAGGUGGCUGGCCUCAAUUUGGGGUGGGAGCUGAACUCUGUGCCAGAAUUAUGGAAGGUCCUGCUUUUAACCACUUGGAUGCCCCUGUGGUGCGUGUCACAGGUGCAGAUGUUCCUAUGCCUUAUGCAAAGAUUUUGGAGGAGAACUGCAUACCUCAAGUAAAGGAUAUAAUACUCGCUGUGAAGAAAACACUAAAUAUCUAGGUUCCGUGUGUGUAUGUAUGCUGUUCAAGAGGUUAAGUCUUUACAGUUAUUUAUGGAAUAUAUUUGCAAACCAUUGUAUACAGAGCUGGGCCUUGUAUAGCACAUGAGCCUGUGGCAUGUGUGGAAGGAAGUGACUCUAGAAACAUAAUCUGUUACAGGGCACGUACUGUCUCCCCUCCUUUUAAAGAAGAAAACACAAGAGGGAGACUUUCAGCCCAAAACAAUAAUUGUAAUCAUCUAAUGAACUCUCAUUGUAAGAUGAAGUGUUCUUGCUUUAUCGUUGUACAUGAAAUCAAGUUUGCUCUGCCUGGCAGCCCUAGGUUAUCCGAAAUCAGCUUGUGCUUAUUUUGUAACUUAAAGCUUGCAAUAAAGGACAUUAAGAAAAAUGGUAAAA